CUCGUUCGGAUCUCGUACAAUGGAAAGAUCAUCCCCGCAACUCGCGUGCAAACAAUGUCGCGCGAGAAAGGUUAAAUGCGAUCGACGAAUCGCGGGGUGUAUACGCUGUGAGCGGUUGGAAUUGACGUGUAGCUAUGUUGCGGGGGGUGCGAUUGAAGUGUCGGGUGGUCAUGGGGAGGAUUUGACGCAGGCGGGUAUCAAGAGGCGGAGGAUACUGAGGGCUUGUGCUGCUUGUCGGAGUGCUAAGUCAAAGUGUUCGGGGACGUGCCCUUGUAACCGAUGUAAGUCACAAGGACAAGAAUGUCUUUUCGGCGAUGAACCAAGGUGUUCUAGCGUCGAUGUUGGGAUGGAAGUACAGACUUCGCCGGCGAGUACUUCCCAGUCUCACUAUGGAUCAGUACCCAGUCAGGCAUCACCAAUGGACAUCUCUGCCAGUGUGGCCAGCGAUACACAGCGGGUCUUUGAGCUUGAGAGUCGAGACACCAUUCGCCAAUAUCUAGACACAUACUUUGACAAGUCAGACAUUGCCGACUGUGUCUUUCUCCAUAGAGCUACAACAAUCGCAGAAUGGAGUCAGGGCAAGCUCCAAAAGACUUUACUCAAAGCCAUCUGCGCUUCAGCACUACGACUUGCACCGACAUAUCACUCGGAUAGCUCACCAGCACAUAACUGGAUGAGGCAAGUUCAGCAUGAGCUAGUCAACCAUAUGGGCGACAUGUCGGUACCAAAACUGCAAGCGCUCAUGCUUGUGAUCAAAUUCCUCUUCUCAAUGCGCUUCACUGGCGAUGUAUGGGUUCUCCUCUCAAUCGCAUCAAGAGUCGCAUUCACUAAGAGGCUCAACUACGAACGUCCAGCUAUUGAUCCGGUCAGACAGGAAUGUCUUCGACGAUUAAUGUGGUCGAUAUAUGUUGUUGACAAAAUAUUCUCUGGUGGUAUUGAGGACCUGACUGUCUGUCCCACGCAAAGAAUGCAUAUCCGCUUACCGAGCAGUCAUCAUAACUUCCAACUUGGUUCAAGAUCAAAAGCUCCGUUUUUACGGAGUAAGAAUGAGAGCGACACAGAUUUGAACGUGUUAGCGUACUUGAUGCGGCUGUAUGAUAUUCGAGAUAGAGUUCUGAGAUAUACGAGACAGGUCAUCCUCAGUGGGACCAGUCCAUAUCUUAGCAGGGACCAAUUACGUUCACUAGAAUUGGAAUUGACAUCUUUUGAAGAGUCGUUGCCUGAUGAGUUGCAACUCAACGAAAACAGACUGAUGAUAAUGUGUCACUCCGAGGAAGCAAGAACAUACACAACAUUGCAUACCCUCUUGUUCAGUUCUCGCUGCGAUCUCCACCGCUUCCUUAUUCCCGGCAUCCGAGAGGCGGUAUCACCAGAAGCAAUGAACCAAACGCCACGAGAAUACACAGACUACUGCCAGCAGCAGUGUUUACAGACAGCCUUGCAGUAUAUAGACAUGUGGUCCAAGGUUCGAAAGAUGGAGACGAGUAGUCGUGUCGGGACACCAACGUUUGCCGUAGUGACAUAUCAAUUUGUCAAGAUGGUUGAUCACUUGGCUGCCUUACUGCCAUUGCACGGGGAGUCAUCGUUACCAGUGAUCAAGCAGAAGUUUAUGGAUAUCCUGCUCAUUGUGUCGGGAAGUCGAGCUGAGGUUGGAUGGAUCGGUACAUGCAUCACGGAUAUUGAGAACCUUAUACCACGAUUGGGGACGAGACACAUAUCACCAGGCUCACCGAGCGCUUCACCGGGGACUCUUCGCUUACAGGAAAAGCUGCAUCGUCGCUCUAAGCAUGCCUUUGCUCCAGACGACGAAGAGGAGGAAGACCCAGCCAUUAGGCCGCCAGAGUCCAACACUGGCGAAGAGAUAUCAGAGACUUCCCUUGAAUCCACAGUACUUGAGAACACUGCAGGGCAAGAUAUUUGGUCAUUUCCAGUCCAGGGCGGCGACGAACAAGGUCUGACUGGGUCAACAGGAGACGGGUCUCUUGGCUCAUUCUCGUCACUUGGAUAUCCACUCGUCAACUACGACUCUAUCAACUCAGCUGACUUAGUGUUCGGAGACCAAGAACUCGGUUUCCCGUUGGAUCCAUUUGAUCUGCAGAUGAAUGCUUAUACUGAUGCUAAUGCACCUCAGUAUUAAGUAGCUAGUUGGCAAUCUCAAUAAACUCCUCUGCCUCAUC